AUCAAACGGUAGAAAAAACGUGGGUGUAGUUAAAGUGUUUCAUAUCGAAAACCUAUGCUGUGCUGGGACUCUCUCUCUCGCGGUCUCCUCCGACACUGCAACACAACCCAAAACCCUAACUCCUUCCAGAACACCGUCGUUUUGUUCCCGCAUUGUUCAAUCGCGUGUUUUUCUGCAAUCAGAAGAUUCCUAUAUUAAUUUACCUCAUACCUAGUUUUCAUUACUGAAUAUUCGAGGUGAAAUUGAUUUAACACGCGUGGAUAGGAACAAUGAAUGGUUUUUUGUUGAAGUUUUGGGUAGUGUCAUAAUCUUCAUCAGUUGUGUUGUUUGAUUUUGGAUUUACAUGAUGGUACAUAGGAAACAUUGAUUAUGCAUGCAACUUUUCUAUAUGAUGAACUAGGAACUCAAUGAUUUAGCAGUGUGAAUUGUUUGUAAUGGAUGUUCAUGUGAUAAACGUGGGAGAAGGAAGUGGUCAUCGAGGUAUGGAAAAUGGUGGGGAUGUUGAACUUGGUGAAGGCGAAGUUAGUAAUGCUGGAAACUCGGGAUCUCAUGUUGAGGAUAUGGUUUUUGAGCCAUAUUUGGGUAUGGAAUUUGAUUCUGAAGAUUCGGCAAAAACUUUUUAUAGUGAGUAUGCCAGACGUUCGGGUUUCAGCUCCAAAGCUGGCUUGCACGGUCAGUUUAAUGCUGAUGGGACAAAUAUGUUUCGGGAAUUCGUGUGUAGCAGGGAAGGUUUAAAAAGAAAGAUGACUGAAAGUUGCGGUGCGAUGAUUAGAAUAGAACAAAAGGGUCAAAAUAAGUGGGUUGUUGCAAAAUUUGUGAAGGAACAUAACCAUUCCAUGGCGGUUCCUGAUAAGGUGGAUAAACUUCGACCACAGAAGCAUUUUUCUAGUGUUGGAAGAACUAUGCCUGAAACUUACAAAGGAGUGGGGCUUGUUCCCAGUGGUGUCAUGUAUAUAUCUAUCGAUGGGAAUCACGUUUCCUCCGAGAAUAGUCAGAAAAGUAGGAAUUAUCCUGCAGCUGCUGCUGCCAAAACGAGUCAUCUGGUUAAAAAUGCUACAUCGAUGACAUAUACUGUAAGGCAGCCUAAUCAAAAGAGGACAUUAGGAAAGGAUGCUGAGAACCUGCUGGAGUAUUUUAAGAAAGUGCAGGCUGAAAACCCUGGUUUCUUCUAUGCAAUACAACUUGAUGAAGAUAAUCGUAUGUCAAAUGUGUUUUGGGCAGAUGCAAGAUCAAGGACAGCUUACAGUCAUUUUGGUGAUGCUGUUACCCUGGAAACAGCAUAUAGAGCAAAUCAAUAUAAUGUGCCGUUUGCUCCAUUCACUGGGAUAAAUCAUCACGGUCAGAUGAUUUUGUUUGGCUGUGGACUCAUUUUUGAUGACUCUGAGGCUUCUUUUGGUUGGCUCUGUAAGACAUUUCUGGCAGCGAUGAACGACCGUCACCCUAUCUCUAUUACUACUGAUCAGAACAGAUCCAUACAAACAGCAGUUUCACAGGUUUUUCCUCAAGCACGCCACUGUAUAAAUAAGCGGCAUGUCUUGCGUGAAGGCCACAAAAAGUUGGACCAUGUAUGCCGCAUGUAUCCAAAUUUUCAGUGUGAACUUUAUAAUUGUAUUAACCUGACAGAAACAACUGAGGAGUUUGAUUUGUCUUGGAAUUCUAUCAUCGAUAAAUAUCAAAUCAGAGGGCAUGAUUGGCUUCAGUCCUUGUAUAGUACUCGUGCUCAAUGGGUUCCAGCAUAUUUUCGUGAUUCAUUUUUCGCUGUAAUAUCUCCUUAUCAAGGAUUCAAUGGUUCUUUUUUUGACGGUUUUGUCAACCAGUAUACGACAUUACCAAUGUUCUUUAGGCAGUAUGAACUAGCUCUGGAGAGAUGGUUUGAAAAGGAAAUAGAAUUAGAUUUUGAGACAAUUUGUACUGCACCAGUUCUAAAGACACCCUCACCAAUGGAGAAUCAGGUUGCUAAGCUUUAUACGCGGAAAAUAUUUUUGAAGUUUCAAGAAGAGCUAGUUGAAACUUUUGCGUACACAGCCAACAGAAUCGAAGAGGAUGGGGAAAAUAGCAUAUUUAGUGUUGCAAAAUUUGAGGAUGACCAAAAGUUGUAUACUGUUACAUUAAAGCAGUCCGAAUUGAGAGCUAACUGUAGUUGCCAGAUGUUUGAGUAUUCAGGAAUUCUUUGUAGGCAUGUUUUAACUGUUUUCAUGGUGUCUAAUGUUUUUACUAUACCAUCCCACUACAUCUUAAAACGGUGGACAAGGGAUGCAAAAAGCAGUGUUGUGUUGGAUGACUGUGCUGGUGAAUCACAUGGACACGAGUCUUUGACAUCACGAUAUACCAAUCUAUGCCGGGAAGCCAUUAGAUACGCCGAGGAAGGGGCAGUAGCUGUGGAAACUUAUGAUGCUGCAAUGGGUGUUCUUAGAGAAGGUGGAAAGAAAAUUGCUGUCACGAAGAGAAGUAUUGCCAAAGUUGCACCACCUAAUCAACAAGUCAGCGGGAAUACUUGCACUGACAAGAAAACCCCUACUUCAACAUCAGAUACAACUCCUCUGUUAUGGCCACUUAACGAUGAAACAACAGGGUUUAAUCUUAAUGAUGUCGGUGCUCCUGUCCUACCAGUUGCUGAUCUGAAUUUACCACAAACAACCCCACCGCCUCAUAAGCGAGUUGAUGUUGCUGCCCCAGUGUCUCGACAGCGAGUUGAUGGUCCAUCCCCAGUGCCUCGUAAGCGAGUUGAUGGUCCACGCUCAGUGCCUCGUAAGCGUGUUGAUGGUCCAUCCGCAAUGUCUCGUCAGCGAGAUGAUGGCCCACCCCCAGUGCCUCUUCAGCAAGACGAUGGUCCACCUGAAAACACGGUGGUUUUUCCAUGUCUGAAGUCAAUGACAUGGGUAAUGGAGAACAAAACCUCAACGCCAGGGAAUAGAGUAGCCGUUAUUAAUCUUAAGUUGCAAGAUUAUAGCAAGAAUCCAUCAGCAGAAUAUGAGGUCAAGUUUCAUCUCUCGCGAGUUAAUGUGGAACCUGUUUUAAAGUCUAUGGCUGAAGUUAGCGAACAACUUUCAACAACAUCUAGUAAGGUUGCUGUAAUAAAUCUCAAGCAUGAGGAUGCCCAGACUUCUGGUGAAUCUGAAGUUAAGUUUCAAGUGUCCAGGGAUGCAUUAGGUGCUGUGCUACGAUCAAUGGCUUAUAUCCGCGAGCAACUUUCUUGUGCUGGCGAUGCGCACUCCGAACCUGUGUCGAAAAAGCUUCGAAACUAAAAAGUUUUAUUUGAUACCCAAGUGAAUAUUUGAGCAUGUAUCUUUCUGAUGGCAGUGUGGUGGUCACUUGAUACCCAAAUGAAUUAGAAAACGUAGUGCUUUUCUUUUGGCCAAAAGCCUCAUUCUCUGUAAAUUUUUUGUCUAGCAUAUUUGUACAUGUAUCAUAUUGUAGGCAGCAGAAUUUUUUUAUGGGAAGCAUUUAGAAAAUCCUCUACCCUGCUUCCAUAUAGAGGGGGAGGGUCAUUCUCCAAAUAUCCAAUUAUAAUAGGUAGAAAUGGGUUCAGGAAUAUGUCCAAAAACAGAAAAGAAAAAGGAAAGUAUAAUUAUUGCUGAGGGUCAUUCUCCAUGUUUUAAUAUUAGAAAAAAAAUCCAAUGAUAAUUAUUCUGUGUGCGCCAA